GGCGGCGCAGCGAGGCGGGGGUCACCUCGGUGGCUGGCGCUCCGCCCGGGGGGGGGGGAGGCUGCACCCCGCGCCUGCCACCUCCCCCCACCUCGGCGCCCUUCUUCCACCUGCUGCGGGGCCGCCCCGCGCUGCCGUGCUGCCGCCCAGGGGGUAGCCGGCCGCUCUGGCGGGGCCGGGGGCGCGGCGAGCUGGCUCCUCCGCCCGGGGGCCGCGGCGGCCAUAAAGGGCCGGGGAAGGGGCGGCGUGGCACUGCGGUAGCGGGGCGGCUGGCCGGCGGGUGAAUGCGGCAGAGCAGAGCGGAGCGGCGGCAUCUGGCGGGGGCGGCUCCUCCCGCCGCCGCCUCCUCCUCCUCCUCUGCUGGCGGCUCCUGACGGAGCGUUCCCGGCCGGCGGGAGCGCCGGUGGCGGGGCCCGGCCCUGCCCCGGCAUGGCUUUCCCCGGGGCGGUAGCCGAGAUGCCCAGACAGUUUCCAAAGCUGAACAUCUCUGAGGUCGAUGAGCAUGUGCGACUUCUAGCAGAGAAGGUAUUUGCUAAAGUUCUCCGAGAAGAAGACAGCAAAGAUGCCUUGUCACUAUUCACCGUGCCUGAGGACUGCCCUAUUGGGCAGAAGGAGGCCAAAGAAAGGGAACUGCAGAAGGAACUGGCAGAACAACAGUCUGUGGAAACAGCUAAAAGGAAGAAAAGUUUCAAGAUGAUUAGAUCCCAGUCUUUGUCAUUACAAAUUCCAUCUCAGGAAUGGAAGGCACCAUCAGCCAAUCCCAUUCUGUCUCCUGCAACGCCAGUUCUUCCAAGUGCUUUUCUGCCAGUCCAAGUGCCAUACGAUGUACCAGAGUUUCAGAGAGUUUCAAUUAGUGGGGACUACUGUGCAGGGGUUACAGUUGAUGAUUAUGAACAAGCUGCCAAGAGCCUGGUGAAAGCUCUUCUCAUUCGAGAAAAGUAUUCACGUCUUGCCUAUCAUCGCUUCCCAAGAAUAACAUCUCAGUAUUUGUGUAGCAUGCAAGAUGAAAAAUGGAAGGUUGAAGAUGAAGUGUGUCCAGAUUUCCAUUCACCCCCAGAAGAAAAUGAAGAUCCUUACAAUCUUGAUGAUGCUCCAGACAAUUUGGAUUAUGUUAUCAAGAUAAAAGGUGGCAUUCCCUUUGUUUAUGAUAACAAAGAAAUGAUGGAACUCAAUGAGCCUCGAAGUCUGCCAUAUCCUGACCUGGAGACCUAUACCCUUGACCUGAGCCAUGUUCUUGCUCUAAUUGCAGAUGGUCCAACAAAAACAUAUUGUCAUCGGAGGCUUAACUUUUUAGAAUCUAAAUUUAGUUUACAUGAGAUGUUAAAUGAAAUGUCAGAAUUUAAAGAACUAAAGAGUAAUCCACAUCGAGACUUCUAUAAUGUGAGAAAGGUUGAUACUCAUAUCCAUGCUGCUGCUUGCAUGAACCAGAAACACUUACUGAGGUUUAUUAAGCACACUUAUCAAACAGAGCCCGACAGGAUUGUUGCAGAGAAAAAAGGCAAGAAGAUGACUUUAAAGCAAGUCUUCGAAAGCCUUCACAUGGACCCUUAUGACCUCACUGUAGACUCUUUAGAUGUCCAUGCGGGUCGUCAAACAUUUCAUCGAUUUGACAAAUUCAAUUCCAAGUACAAUCCAGUUGGUGCCAGUGAGCUGAGGGACUUGUAUUUGAAAACUGAAAACUACAUUGGUGGUGAAUAUUUUGCUCGUAUGGUCAAGGAAGUAGCCCGUGAACUAGAAGAAAGUAAGUACCAGUAUACAGAACCCCGCUUAUCCAUUUACGGACGGUCUCCAGAUGAAUGGCUGAACUUGGCAAAAUGGUUCAUUAAGCAUAAAGUUUAUUCCCCUAAUAUGCGCUGGAUAAUUCAGGUUCCCAGAAUCUAUGACAUAUUUAGGUCAAAAAAUAUUCUGCCUAGUUUUGGGAAGAUGUUGGAGAACAUCUUUGUACCUUUGUUUGAAGCAACAAUCAACCCCAAAGACCACAGAGAAUUGCACCUUUUCCUCAAAUAUGUUACUGGCUUUGACAGUGUGGAUGAUGAAUCCAAACACAGUGGCCAUAUGUUCUCUGAUAAAAGCCUUAACCCCGACCUCUGGACCAGUGAGAAGAAUCCCCCGUAUAGCUAUUAUUUGUAUUAUAUGUAUGUGAACAUCAUGUUGCUGAACAACCUUAGGAGGGAAAGAGGCAUGUGUACUUUUCUGUUUCGACCUCACUGUGGAGAAGCUGGAUCUAUCACACACCUUGUAUCAGCCUUUCUGACAGCAGACAACAUUUCUCACGGAUUGCUCUUGAAGAAGAGUCCUGUCCUCCAGUACCUUUAUUAUCUUGCACAAAUACCCAUUGCUAUGUCUCCACUUAGUAACAAUAGCCUGUUCCUGGAGUACUCAAAAAAUCCACUACGGGAAUUUCUACAUAAAGGACUUCAUGUCUCUCUCUCCACAGAUGAUCCUAUGCAGUUUCAUUAUACAAAGGAAGCUCUCAUGGAAGAAUAUGCUAUUGCAGCCCAGGUGUGGAAACUCAGUACCUGUGACUUGUGUGAAAUAGCAAGAAACAGCGUACUACAGAGUGGAUUGUCAGAUAAGGAAAAACAGAAAUUCUUAGGGGUGAAUUACUGUAAAGAAGGGCCUGAGGGAAAUGACAUCCGAAAGACAAAUGUUGCACAGAUCCGGAUGGCCUUCAGGUACGAGACACUGUGCAAUGAACUUAGUUUCCUGUCUGAUGCUAUGAGAACAGAAGAGAUUUCUACUCUGUCGAAGUAGUUAUAAACUCAAAGAAACCAGAACAUUUCACUCCUAAGCAGGGUAAGAUGCUAAUUAACAUUGAAUCAUCUGCUUUGAUGCUACCAAGACACAGCUGAACAGAACAAGAGGAAAAUAGAGUAUCUAUGGAAGGUAAACAGCAUUUGCUGUUAUCCUUCACUGCAUUAUUCUCAUUGGAAAAAUUUCAGUUUCUACAAACAUUAGACUUUGUAAGAUUGCUGUAAAUAUAAAAUGCAAACUCAGAAUCAUGUAAUAUUUGUUUCAUACUGUCUUAACUGUGCACUAUAUUGUAGCUUGGAAAACAACAGCCAAUAUCCGUAGUGCAUCUGUGAUAUGCACCUCAGGAUUCUGCAGAUGCUGACAGUAUACAUGCACUGGUGUUUGUCCUCAUAGUUUCAGUAGCAAUCACGGCAUUUAGCACUUGUAAGUUUAACCAUUUAUUCAUUAACAGUUUGUAUGGAGUGCAUAGACUAGCCUUUCAUUCUGGAAGGUGUUCUGACAAAACAAAGUCUGGUAGUCUUGUUUAAUGACUAAUGAAUUACUUUUUGUUGUUGUAUAGGAUGUCUGUGAAGAACAGCAGAUUAAUGCUUUUUAAUCUAGUAAGUAGAAAACAUGGUGUCAAAAUCAUCACUAUUGUACAUUUUAAUAAUGAGUCUAACUAUAUCAUGAAAACUUUGCCUUGAAAGUCUAGAACACUUUUUUAUUGCUUUGUAAUGGGAGUAUGUGGAUAUGCCAGUUCAAAUCACUUGGAAAUUUAUGCAGAUAAUUUUGGUUGCAUGUAGAGAAAUUUUUUACUUGAACAAAGGAAGUGUUCUUACAAAUCAGUGGUAGAAACUCCAGACCUGGGUUCUGGUCCUACUUCUGACAUCUUUUUACACAUUUGUGUUGGUUUGUAUUUUAGUCAAUUAGAGUUGAAUGAGAAGUCAAACUGUCUAUUUCUACAGAAGCUAGCCCACUUGAAAUAUGUCAUUUCAAAUCAUGUUAUGUUAAACUCUUUAUUUAGGAUGGAGUGGCUAGUAAAAUAUAGCUACUGGAAUAUUUAUCACUUUCAAUCUUUUUUUUCUGUUUGAUCAUCCUUCUUAAGACACAGUACUACUCAUUCGGAAAGAUUUAAAGGCAGUAACAUGAGAGCAUCUAUGUACCGUAGAAGUUGCAUGUAGUUUCACACCUUUUUUGACUAGGGGUAGCAGAGGAUGUUGAUGUCUCUGAGUCCAACAUUACGCCACUUAAUUGGAAGGCCUGUAGUCCCUAAGUUAGGAUCUUGAGCCUGUGGUUAGAGAACUGGCUAUCUACUCUAAUACAUAGGGAGGUUAGGCAUCUUAGAACAGUAAUUCAGAAUUAAUGCAGAAAAAGCAAGUAAUGAAUACUAGCCAAUCAAGCCUCACUAGACCUAGAACCCUGCAUAUUUUACUAUAUCAGAUGUCUUGUGCCACUUGUAUUUCUUAAGCCAGGCCCUUCUGGGGCUUAGGCACCUACAUCCUUUCAAGGACUGAUCAGGUCUUGCUUUUCCUUGUAAAUGCAGCUAGAAGUAGCAGUGGUGACAUCACCAGUACCAAACCAACUCAUUAAUGGCAUAAAUGCAUAUAUGCAUUGAAGACAUACAUUCUGUUGUCAGGCUGUGGCAGUUAAAAGCAAUACCUAUAUGGACAUAUUUUUAAUGUACCUGCUGUCCUGAAUGGUGAUUGCAGGGAAAUGGCACCAAAGUAAGGGAAGGAGGAAUUCCCUAUCACCUCCGAUAGCUGUGUGGCCCCAUAAAAGAGAUUAAACCUAAAGACCCUUAGGAAGCAGCCUGGAACGAAGGCUGCUCUGAGGGAGACAGAGGCACUGGAGCAGAGUUGUGGCCAUCCAGCCAUCUUCACCAUUAGCCAGUGUCACAUGCCGGGAGCUGUGGUGAUUGCAGACGUUCUUCAUCCAAAAUGUGGUUGCAGACCAGCGGUGGGAGACUUGACUCUGGCUCUUCAGUGACCUAGCCUAAUGGCUGCAGUGUUCAACAAGUGCCAGUUUGUAUUCCUUGUGAAGCUAAAAAUUGUGUGAAACUGUGCGAUAGAAUAAAUUUGCCCAAAGUUUUUAGUCAACAAUGCCUGUUGGCCUCACUGUUAGAAACUUCAGCAUCUCCUAGAAUGUGUUAUCAGGCCUGGGAAGUCUAAUUUUCUUAGGAUGAAGUCUGAAAACAGUGGUUCAAGCAUUUUAGAUGCAUAAAAUGCAGAUCUAUUGUUUUCAUUAGUACAACUUACUGAUGAAUUGUUAUCAACACAACAUUAUUUACCUGAGAAAAGCAUCUGUGUCCAGGCUAAAUACGCAACAUGCUUAGUUUUGAAGAAUUUCAAUUGUGUGUUUUCAUCUGAUAAACAUUGCUUUACGUAGGUUGUUUCAUGUGAAGAUCGCUAUUAGUGCUGCUUUUGUUGUUACUUAGAUUUCUUUCUUAGUUUUCUUAACAUUAUACCAAAUUAGUGUAUGUUUAAUACCUUUUCAGCUUUCCUUACCUCAAACACAUCAGGUUCUAGUACGUCUGUAGCUCUUAUUAAAGAGAAAAAUCAAAACUGGAUUUGAAUAUUCAGCUAAUGGACAGUAAUUGAGAUUUUGUCAGUAAUAACAAUAACACACAAGUGGCCAUGACCACAAGUUUUGCUUUCUGUGCUUCCUUGUGUGCUGCUUUUAAGGAUAAAUUGAGCCAAUGGUGAUGAAACAUACCAACAUUCUUUCAAGCUUCCACUACUCCAUCUCUUUUGGUCAUCUUUUAAUGAGGCAAAGGUUACUGAUUCUCAAGUUCAGUUCUUAAACUUCACCUUUUUUUUAAAGUCGCUUUAAAGUUGCACUUUUUUUCUAACUUAUAGCUGUUCAGAAUAACCUUGCAGUUUUAGGAUAUGUAUGUAAUGAAGGGUCGAUCCAGUGUUGAAGUGUUACUGAUAGCUGAAUUACUGGUAUAUUUACUCAAAUAUAAGACAGGGCAGUUGCUCGCCCCAGUGGGGCUGAAAUCAAAUCUGGUUAUACAACAGCUUGUGUUUUACUUAGAAAGGGACUAGCACAGCAUCACUGCAGGUGUUGCUUCAGAAUGGAAGAAUACCCUAUUUUCUCUUCAUUGGUGUUAAGGUUCAAAUAUUAUUCAAGACUUCCUUAAAUCUGUUAGCUCAGAGCAUUUUAUACUUUCACCUAAAAUGGUUAAUUAUGGUUAUUUGAUGUUUACGACAUGUCUAUCUGAACAAUUCCUAGUGAUGCCUUUCCAUUCUGUUACCUUAGCAAACUUAUGUUGCUCUGCCACUGGAUAAUACAAUUAUUUUUCUCACCCCAGAGCUACCUUAUAUUCUCCUAUCAUUGUUCUUUACUUGUGGCUAAACCUUUCUGUUCUAUUUGCCUAGUUAAAAUCUAAGUCUGGAAAAGGUGGGGGGGAGGGAUGUCUGUAAAAACUGCUUUAUCUUUCUGUGCCUGGGUUAAAUGAUGUUUAUAUUUUGCCUCUUGUGGAAGCAUUAAACAUUACACAAAUAAAUACAUUAUAAAA